UCGAAAUGAAACUCGCCUGUUAGCUCAGAGAAAGAAGACUUGAGACGACCAAAACGUCUCUCCUCUCCCGCAUAACCCACAACUCUCUCUCUCUCUCUCUCUCUCUCUCCGGUCUGUGCUCAUUUCUCCUGAUCCAGUACUCCGCCGUUCCACCGCAUAGCCAUGGACGCUCUCCCGCAAGACACGCUCCACCAGAUCUUCUCCAGCCUUCCCCUCCGUCAGGUCAUGAUCUGCCGCUCACUCUCCAAGUUCUUCAACCACCUCCUGACCUCACCAUCCUUCAUACACCUCAUCUCCACCCAAUCGCCUCCCCUCAACCUCUUAGCCCUCCGCCCUCCUCACCACCACCACCACCGCCACGUAUCCUCCCCUCCCUGCCUCCACGUGUUCGACCCCGACGACAACCAAUGGCUCAGAUUCAACCUAGAUUUUCUUCCCUUCCGCUCCCCCCACCCCGUCGCCUCCUCCCACGGCUUCGUCUACCUCUGGGGCGAAUCUCCCGACUCGCCCGAGUCCACCAAGUCACUCGUCGUCUGCAACCCUCUGACUCGCCAGUUCCGAGUCCUGCCCCAGCUCGGGUCUGCUUGGUCGCGCCACGGCUCGGUCCUCGUUGACACCGAAACUCGAGUCAUGGUCCUCACCGAGCUCGCCGCUCUCUACUUCUCCGGUUCAAACCAGUGGCUAAAGUUCUCAUCCAACCUCCCAUCGAAACCCAGAAGCCCAAUUUUGGUCUUUGACUCGGUUUACGCUCUCUGCGAUGUGGGUUCGCCUUGGAGGAGUCAAUGGAAGCUCUUUCAUUGCACAAUUUCAAAACUGAAGACCUCCCAGACGUGGACUCGGCUCGAAAAGCACGAGUGGGGGGACGUUUUUGACAUCUUGAAACGACCCCGUUUGGUUCGCGGAAACGGGAACAAGGUUUUGAUGGUUGGUGGGUUGAAAUCUUCUUGCUCGCUGAAUGCUUCGUGCUCGACGAUUUCGAUACUGAGGCUGGACUUGGAUAGCUUGGAGUGGGACGAGGCGGGCCGAAUGCCGGUGGACAUGUUCAGGUGUUUUCAAGAAUCGAGCAAGUUCAAGGUGUUUGGUAGCGGUGAUAGGGUUUGUUUUUCGGCCAAGAGAAUUGGGAAGUUGGCUUUGUGGGACCAUUGUUCGGGGAAAGUCGAGUGGCGGUGGAUUGAUGGUGUGCCUGGAAGCGGCGAUGGGCUUUGCCGGGGGUUUGUUUUUGAGGCCCGGCUCACUGCAUUGCUUUGAUCGGGUUCAGCAAAGUUUUAAGCUUUCGAUGCCAACUAGAGGAAGCUGCAGGGUUAUUUUCUUAAGUCAGAUUGGUUAUGUGUGUGUUAGAGGUUGGGUAUUUAAGCAACAUCUAAGAACCCAAAUGCUAAUUGAAACUAGCAUUUUAAGAGUUUAUGUAGGACAAUUGUGAGAGAAAAGAAGAGGAGAGAUCCGGAAUCACUCUGGUCAUUCGUAUCACACAAGUCGUAUUGCAAUCAGAUGUUAGAACAAUUCCCACAUCGCAUCGGCCUUCAGCAUCACAGUAAAGGUGUCCUCGACUCACCGAAGUCAACUCAUGGUUCACACAAGUGCAGGAACUUUAAUUUCUUACACUAUUAACUUUUUCAAAGCGUACAAAGUAACCCUUUCUAUAGAGAGGGGAUAUAUAUUUUAGGGAUAAAUUUAUUUCAAACGUAAACCAUAAUGGUACGUAAAAACUGGGAUGGGGCUUCUGCUUAAAAGCUUGUAUAAGGGCAUUUCUGUUGCGUUCCAAACCUCACGACACAGCUUAAAUGGUGAGAUUACUUGGCUAAAUUUGAUCGUC